CGUACACUGAAAAUGCAAAAUCUGAACGUAUAUUCCAUACUCUAUAUGGAUUGAAUCAAUAUACAACCUUUGUCUCCAGGGGAGACAGCGAAACCUAAAGGUUGAUCUGAUCAGAGGGAAAGCAAUGGCUCCAAGAGGAAGACCCAGAAAGAAGAUUGGUUUGACGCGCGCUGACGCAGCUCGAGACGCCAUGAAAGCUUACGGGUUUGACAUGCGCUUGAUCAACGAGACGAUCAAGGAGUUGCUGCAAGUCUAUGGUGAAGAAGGGUGGGUUUUGAUUGAAGAGGCUUCUUACAAAGUCCUGCUUGAUGCCAUCAUUGAAAAGAUUGAAGAACAAGCGAGAGCUGAGAAACAAGACCAUGAGCAGGAGGAGCAUACCGAGGGUAGUGGACACCAGAUGGAGAACAAUUCAAGUCCUCAUGUGGAUGUUGAGCCAGAGAAGAGCCCUAACCAGGGCACUGAGAUUGGCACGGAAGCUGACCAGGCUGAGGCUGAUGCUUCGUCAUUCACUAACGAGGUCAUCCUUGACUCGCUGGCCCGCCAUUCUGAAGGAGGAGAAGUUUUAACCACAGUUGCCGUGGAGAUUGUAGAAAGCUCAAAGGCAAAGGAAACAGAAAACGUCAACGUCUGCAUUGGAACAAACGUGGGUACGGAGGAGGAAGGCCUCCGAUUCAUCGCUCACGCCGAAAAGAGUUCUCAUCCUCACAACGGAUGGAUAAGCAGCGACGAGGAGGAAGGGGAUGAUGAAGAAGAAGAGGAAGAGGAAGCUUAUGUGGUGCUAACUCCAGAGCCAUUGUCUGAAGAGCUACAAAGGAUACUGGAGGAAGCAAACGGACAGAGGAAGAGGAAGAGGAAGUCGACGAGGUGGGAUGUCACACCCGAACAACUCAACCCUCUUUAGGGUUUUUAAACAAAUGCGUUUCUGUUACUUGCAGUUGAAGAAACACAGUUCGACAUCUGUUUUGUAUAGGAGUUAGAGGGGCUGUCUUUGUAUAUCUCCGGGGUCUUCUUUAACCUGAAUGAGAGUGAAACUGUAAAACGAAAAGCGGGAAUAUGUUGUGUUUCGUAAUUUUUGUUUUCAAAAUACGAAAAAAUCCAAAC